AUGUUUCAAACAUCUCCCAACCAGCUCUUAGGUCUCGGCGCCCUAGGCCUGACUCUUCUUUGGGGUGUGGCAUUUUUGAAUGGCAUGUUUGACAAUUUGGACACUGUUUUUGAAACUGGGCUUUUCCCCGACGGACGCGUCCUCCGUACAGUAUACAGCCAUAAUUGGCUUAUAGACAACCGCCUCACGCUCCUCACUGCCUUUUAUGAUCUUCUCACCAAUAGCUUGUCUACUGGACCACGACUCCUCUUCUUUGAUGUCAACUACGUUGUUGCGUGUACAAAUGUUUGGGUUCUUGUUGAGAGCCGGCGCCGUGGCGUACGGAAUUUCUUUUUGAGGCAUACCUGGGUUAUAAUAAUUCUUUGGAAUGCAACUGGUGCUGCGAUUAUUCAGCCACUGUACUUUUACUGCGUUUCCAAAAGCAAGGCUGUUUCCCGCGAUCCUACGAUACCAAUAAAUGAGGCAGUAUCCGUGUUCAUUACGACAAUAUUAGCCCUGUUAUGUCCAUUGCUUCUGUUCCUGCCCUCGUGGCUAAGCUAUAGUACUUGGGACCACCAUGGCUUCAUUGCGUUAUUUCAUAUCUCGCCGAUUCUUGUGACGGUUUUAUUUAUUACAGGUUCUACGGUUUUGUCUUACCGUCGCAUGUCAACGCCCAAUAAAGCCUCGGAAAACCCAAAUGCGGAUAAGCUUUGGAUUGUCACCUCCUAUAUAACUACGGGCACUGUGGCCGCUGCCGUCCAUGCCUUCACCGUUAUCACGUCUUUAAGAACGUCAAACCCUGAUGUUACUUUUACAAGGCUUUUUAUUCCGUCUCCUGGCAGGGCCAACCUUUUUCGUACCUGGUUCCCAAAAUUUACCUCAGCCCUUCCGGGUCUUCCCGCAAAAUAUACUGAGCUCUUGGAACAGUAUCACCUCUUCUCUCAGUUUGACCUGGUUGUCGUCGCGCUGUCUUGCAUUGUUUUUGUCCACUAUCUUCUUUCGCACUCGGGAAGUAACAAGGUUGAGCAUCAUAAAAAGAGGAUAGCUUCAGUCGAAAACCGGGAGUUGGUCUAUCUUUUCCUAGGUACCCUAUUUUUAGGACCCGGAGCAGCUGGUUCAUUUGCCCUUGCAAUUCGCGAGUCUAGAAUAAGACGUUAUAAUAUGCUUAAGGCUCAGUAA